AUGAGCCGCGCGCAACUGGGCGGCGUAACGAGGCUGGACUACGACGGGAUUCCGCCCCCGACCCCCGAGCAGGCCGCGGGGCUCGCAAGCUGCUUGCGGCUGUGCGCCCGCUUGGAAAUGCUGGACCUGCGAAACAGCAUCGGCGACGAGGGCGCGCAGGCCCUGUUUGGGGCGCUGCCCUCCUUGCCCGGCCUGCGGGAGCUGUACCUAUCCCGCAACAGCAUCGGCGACGAGGGCGCGCGGGCCCUGGCGGGGGCGCUGCCCUCCCUGCCCGGCCUGCAGGAUCUCCGCCUGCCCUCCAACAGUUUCGGCGACGAGGGGCGCGCGGGCCCUGGCGGGGGCGCUGCCCUCCCUGCCCAGCCUGCGGUGCGGAUUCGAACACGUGGAGGACUCCGUUCUUUACGCUGA